GACUCCAACCCCAACCACUCCAGGAUGCACAUCAUUUAUGUGUUUUGAACAAGCAGUAUCAGAGUCAAUGUAUUUCCAUUAAACACAGAAACAAGGAAGCCAGUGGCACGGAGGACCCUUCCAGCCAGGUAGUACUGGAUUGCCCACAGAGCUUGGUGGUGAACCGAAUCAGCUGCAAGGCCACACACCGUUAUUAGCCCAGAAAACUGCAAGCCUCUUUGAUGCUUUGUUGCACUGGCACAGCGAACAUCUCCAAGCACUCAGGAAGUGAGAAAGAAAGGCAGUCAAGAUCAGCCGGGCUUUGAACUCCAGCUCCUCAAUGCCGGUGAGAGAUCUAACUUGGGGCCUGAGGAGAUGAGACGCCAGGCCGCCUUUUCGCUCCCCUCUCUUGUCCUUCUGAUCCAACCCAGCUCUCCAGCCCAUCCCAUCCCUUGCCUUCCUAGCCAAGGGGAGCAGCAGCUGGGGCAGUGAAGUCAGCCAAAGGAGGAGGAUGUCUGUCCACGGUGUCAUUUCUAACCGAACGUCACAGCCGUCCUCGCCUCCUUCUGAUUACACCUGGGAGUACGAGUAUUACGAGAUUGGACCGGUUUCGUUUGAAGGACUGAAAGCUCAUAGAUAUUCCAUUGUGAUUGGAUUCUGGGUCGGUCUCGCGGUCUUCGUGAUCUUCAUGUUCUUCGUUCUGAUGUUACUGACCAAGACGGGAGCCCCGCACCAGGAGAACACGGAGCCGUCCGAGAAGCGGUUUAGGAUGAACAGCUUUGUCACGGAGCUGGGCGGCAGACCGCCGCCGGAGGCGGACAAGGCCUUCUCCCGCCACGUCCCCGACGAGUCCAGGUCCCUCUUCCACUGCUACAUCAGCGGAGUCGAGCAGUUGGACAGGGCGGCGGUGGUUCCCCGGGCCACCAGCCUGGAUGGCGGCGUCCACCUCCAGGAGGCCCUCAGGGGCCCCGGGCUGGGGGAGGACGACCUCAACGGUCUCCUGAAAUUCAACAUCCCCAACUUUGUGAACACGGACCCCGGCCCCUCCUUGGGCGAGGAUGACCACCUGAUCUCGGGAGCGCCGAUCCGUCUAGAAAACAGGCCGGGCUCCCGGGCCUCUCACACCGUCCUGGACUGAGAGACCCACGGUCCCUUGGCGGUUUGGGUGGCCGCGAUUGUCACGGCACAGAGUUUGGGGGCGAGCCAGCCUGCGCUGGCUUCCCAUCUUUGGAUUGUGUGUGGUACUAAAUGAAGGUGGAGGUACACUUGUAGCUGGCUGGCUUGUGGCUUUUUUAGGGUGAGGGGAAGAGUUUAAACUCCCCCUUCAAGGAGGUUGAACACUUAACUGCCUGUUUAAAUUGUAGGUUGCUGUGGGCUGGUGGGUUUUUGGGGAGUGAAGUUUGCUUUUCUAACGAUGCAGUACUAUUACCUGCCCUUGGUUAAACUGAAGUUUCUUUCUCACCCUUGAACAUCAACAUCUGAACCUCAGCUGCGGCAGCCCCGUGGAGGAACUGGACCCACCCAUGCUGUAAAAAAAGAGCCAAUCUUUACCCGGUAAGAGUCUCGUGACGUUAUAGAGAUUAGCCUGCCCGGUCCUCUCACAUUACGGGGUUUGGGUCUGGCUCCAGUUGUUCUCUGCUCUUCACCCAGCAGAGUUCUUUGGUUUUUCAGGUGUGUCUGCUGGGGCAGUUCCCCAGGAAACUGACUGCAGGAUGAUGCUCCCUGCCACCAUUUGCUACCUGAAUUCAACCUCCUUUCCUCCCACGCUUGCUUUGCAGAGGCCUCUCCCCUCGGAGGGGCUGUGGGCCUGUUUUUCCGCCUCUACUUUAAAAGGUUCACAGUUGCUGGUGUGCCUCCUUUUCCUGGCUCUCCCUCCAUCUGAGCUGAGGAGCUAAGGCUUUUCUAUGCCGACUCUACCCCCAUGGGCAUUUCAGGAUUCCUUUCUGUGUUGCAGUAUCUAGCCCUCCCCCAGUUUGUGUUCCUUCCUUUGACCAGCGCUUAGAACAGUGUUUGGCACAUAGUAAGUGCUUAACAAAUACCAUAAUUAUUAUUACCUCCCCAAGGUCCAGCCGCUGUCUGACGUCCCUGCAUGCUCUUUAAAGGCAGUGAUGUAAAGGCCACUGGCCUUCCAGCCCAGGGCAAGUAAUGGCUUAAUCCCAGGAGGUUAAGUGGGGGAAAAAAAAGAAGAUGGAGGUCAUAAAUAUUUUGCUCCUGUUUUGUUUCUGGGUUCUCUGAAAGACCCAGAGAGUCUAUUUAAGGUGGUCAGAAAAUAGCUGGGAGUUAGAGGGAAUAUUUUGUCACACAAGCAAAACUUCCCCAAGAGUCAAUUGCCUGAUUCCUUAUAAAAUGCAACUGGGAGAGAAGAAACCAGUGCUUUGGAGAAUAGCCAGAAAAAAGUGUCUGCCUUUCCCUGAAGAUUGAGGCAAGUUGAACUCCUGCCCCUGGAGUUCGGCAGAGUGCUGUGCUCUUUUAUGCCAUAUAGAACCACCCCUUUGGAAGACGUGUAUUAAACUUCCCUUUGCAUUUGCUAGGUCAACCCUAGGGAAAGGGAGAUGAGAAUGCAGAAAGCUGCUCCCUAGUUAUCCAGCCCCAGUAUAUACCACUGUCCACCCUGCCUGAAGCAUCCUCUUUCUUCCUCCUUAGCAACACUGAGGCUGAAAUAACCUAGCAGGGCAGAGAAGAGGAGUCCCGUGUGGCCACUGAUGUGUUUCCAAUUAGGCUGUGCUAGGAAUUCCUGUUCUCGGCCAGAGAGGUGGCUUGGGCACUGUAGUCUGUUGGUCCAUCCAGACCUUGGGGAGAGGGGAGGUGCUCCGUCUGAGCUCUCCCUGGCCUCGCUCCACUCCUAUCUAAACCCCACGCAGGGGGUGUAUGGUAAAACUUUGCGCAGAGGUGGACACGCAGGGCUGCUGUCUUGGCUUGCUCCCCCAUCCUGGCAGGAUGUGCUGCUUUAGUUUAACCAGAACCUGAAAAUUCCCUGAAAAUCCCCCAAUAACCUUUGUGUGCCUCCAGCAUUUCACUAAUAGCAAUGCCUGUUCUCUCAACCUUGGCCAGGUCUCUGUUGUGCAUGUCAGUUCUAAAGCCCAAAAGUCAAUAUACUUGUAAUUAGGUUCCAUUCCAAUUACAGCCGUGUUAGUCCUUCACUGGAAUUUUCUUUUCAGGUGACACCAAUAUAGCUGAUUGUGUGAGUCCUUUGUAAGGUGGAAAAUGAAUGGUGCAGAUUGUUUUAAACCUUAAUACAAAAGGUGGCAAGUGAAAUGUAUUUGUUUUCAUAGAAAUAUGUGACGCUUUUAAACCAAGUCUAAUUCUCAGAUUUCGGCAACCUUAAAAGCUUCAUUUUUGAGGCGGAGAUCAUAAACAGAGUGUUAGGAUAGACUCUAUUUUUGUGUAAGACCUGUAGCUUAUGUGUGUACAUGUGUUUUGGUCCCACCUGUCUCAUUAACUGUGCUGGAAGCAUUCCAAAAUGUGUAGUUGGAUGUUUGUGAGAAUUAAAUGGCCUUUCCCUCGGA